AAUAAAAUCUAUAAUGUCUGCUGCCGAUCGUCUUUCUACUAUCCAGGGCCACUUGUCUGGUAACUACCCUAAGGGUCUCUUGGCUGGUGAAGUUGCUAUUAUCACUGGUUCUGGCCAGGGUAUUGGAAAGAGCUGUGCCGAGUUAUUUGCUCGCGAGGGUGCCUUUGUUGUUGUGACAGAUAUUGAUGCCGCCAAGUCUGACCAGGUUUCUGCUGAUAUUAAUGCUGCCGGUGGAAAGGCCAUUUCCAUUGCUGGUGACAUUACUAACCCUGAAUUUCCCGAGAUUCUUGUUGAGGGUACCGUCAAGGCCUUUGGAAAGAUCAAUCAUAUUGUCAACAAUGCUGGUUUCACUUACGAUGGUAUGAUCCACAAGAUCACUGACAAACAAUGGGAUAUUAUGCUGGCUGUCCACAACACUUCUCCUUUCAAGAUCGUUCGUGCUGCUGCAAAGUAUCUCCGCAAGAAGGAUGGCGAGAACAAAUGUGUGAUCAACGUUUCUUCCACAUCUGGUCUCCAUGGAAACAUCGGACAGGCCAACUAUGCUACUGCAAAGGCCGGUAUUGUUGGUCUCACCAAAACCAUUGCUAAGGAAUGGGGUGUUUUUGGUGUCCGUGCUAACACUGUUGCCUUUGGUUGGGUUGAUACCCGCCUUACUCGUGCCAAGGAGUCUGGUGCUGCUAUCGAAAUUGAUGGUCAAAAGGUCGCUCUUGGUAUUCCCACUGGUGCUGCAAAGGCUGCUGUCAACCCUUUCGCUGAUAUUCCUCUCGGUCGCGCUGGAAAUGCUGAUGAGGUUGCUGGAUCUGUUCUUAUGCUUUGCACUCCAUUGGCUAGUUACAUUACUGGUCACACCCUUGAGGUCACUGGUGGCCGUGGCAUCUAAUUCUAAAGCUCUUAAAUAUGCACUCUGGAAUCAUAAAUUAGCGAAAAAUUACAAUUUUCAUGAUAUUCUAUACACUUCUACUCCUAACACAUUUCCUUCAAACUUAAAAAUUAAUGUUAUCAAAAAAUAAAAUAACCAAGUGUCUUCUCCUCUAGACAUAAGCUGUCAGAGUUGUAUCACGGAGGCAUCUUUUUGGCUCUAUAAAGCCAAUAAUAUCCU